GUAGUGUACAAGCAUAUUGACGAAUGGACCACAUGGUCCACACAUGCAUCCGGGGAUCUUUCCCCUAACGCACUGUCCACGUGUCUAACUGCCGAUAUCACCAACCAACCACAUGCUCGCUCAUAAACUAGCAAGUAGAGUAGGAAACACCACUAAGAAAAUCUCGCCUUCUCAACUCAAACACCACAAAAAAGCAUUUGCAGUUGCAGUCGCAGACGCUGUUGCUCGUCGUCGUCGUCGUCUUCUUCUUCGUCGGCAGCGAAAAUGCAUUCGAGUCACUUGUUUCCGGAAGAGCCAAUCAGGAUGGCUUCGAUUCUCGAGCCUUCCAAUUCUACCUUCUUUCCUGCAAUGACAAGGAUUGUGGGAACACUUGGUCCAAAUUCACGAUCCGUUGAGACAAUCUCUGGUUGCUUGAAGGCAGGAAUGUCUGUGGCACGUUUUGAUUUUUCAUGGGGCGAUGCUGAGUUUCACCAAGAGACGUUGGGAAACCUGAAGGUUGCAAUCAAGAGUACAAAUAAACUUUGUGCAGUAAUGCUAGACACAGUGGGUCCAGAGUUGCAGGUAGUGAAUAAAAGUGAGCAUCCCAUAUCUCUCCAGGAAGAUACCUUGGUUGUCCUGACACCUGAUCAAGACAAAGAGGCCACCUCAAUUCUACUACCCAUAAAUUUUAGUGGCCUGGCAAAGGCAGUGAAGAAGGGAGAUACAAUUUUUAUUGGUCAAUACCUCUUUACGGGAAGUGAAACUACUUCUGUGUGGCUGGAGGUCACCGAGGUGAAUGGUGAAGAUGUGGUUUGUCUCAUAAAGAAUUCUGCUACCUUGGCAGGGCCGUUGUAUACUUUGCAUGUCUCUCAGAUUCAUAUUGAUCUGCCUACACUUACCGAUAAAGAUAAGGAGGUCAUAAGCACUUGGGGUGUUCGUAACAACAUCGACUUCCUAUCAUUAUCAUAUACUCGUCAUGCUCAAGAUGUUCGCCAUGCCCGUGAGUUUCUUUCAAAGUUAGGUGACCUCAAGCAAACUCAGAUUUUUGCAAAAAUUGAAAAUGUUGAGGGAUUACACCAUUUUGAUGAAAUCUUGCAAGAAGCUGAUGGUAUUAUCCUCUCUCGUGGAAAUCUGGGCAUAGAUCUCCCACCAGAGAAGGUAUUUUUAUUUCAAAAGGCUGCUGUUUACAAGUGCAACAUGGCUGGAAAGCCAGCAGUGGUGACUCGGGUUGUGGACAGUAUGACCGACAACCUAAGACCUACUCGUGCUGAAGCAACUGAUGUUGCCAACGCUGUACUGGACGGAACUGAUGCAAUUGUUCUAGGUGCAGAGACCCUGCGCGGUUUGUACCCUGUUGAGACGAUCUCCAUUGUUGGAAAGAUUUGCUCUGAGGCGGAGAAAGUUUUCAAUCAAGAUUUGUAUUUUAAGAGGACUGUCAAAUAUGUUGGAGAACCAAUGACUCACUUGGAAUCUAUUGCUUCCUCUGCGGUACGUGCAGCCAUCAAGGUGAAGGCCUCUCUCAUUAUUUGCUUCACUUCAUCUGGAAGAGCAGCAAGGCUGAUUGCCAAGUACAGACCAACAAUGCCUGUCCUUUCUGUUGUCAUUCCUCGGGUCCAGACAAAUCAACUCCGAUGGAGAUUUUCUGGUGCAUUUGAGGCAAGGCAAUCACUCAUUGUUAGAGGCCUUUUUCCCAUGCUAGCAGAUCCUCGACAUCCAGCUGAAACUACAGGUGCAACAAAUGAGUCGAUUCUUAAAAUCGCUUUGGAUCAUGGCAGGGUCGCUGGUGUCGUAAAAUCACAUGAUCGUGUUGUAAUUUGCCAGAAAGUUGGCGAUGCUUCUGUGAUCAAGAUCAUCGAGCUUGAAGAUUGAUAAAAUUUGCCAACUUAUUUUACUUGUAAGUUCUCCAUGGCCUAUACCAUGCCCUCUUUCCCGAAAAUAAGCAAAAGAUACGUGGUACUCGUAAUAAACCCUUGAUUGAGUUUCUAACUUCGUAGUUAAAUUACCUUAAACUUUUUAAUAAGGGAAUAAUUUCCCUUAUUGUAAGUUUUUGCUCCUCUCUGUCUUAAUUUUGUUGGUCGUAACAACUUAUUCACACACUUCUUUUUAUCUCUCA